UAGACGUUGCCUUUGUAGUCAGGCAGACAUAGCAAAGUCAUCCAAUCACAAAAAAAUCUGAAAGGGGAUUUUUGCUGUAUCUUGGUUCAGAUGUUACUCAGUGCAGGUUAGUUGGUCCAAAUGUCAGAGGACCUGCGGCACCAGCGGGCUGAUGCCUCCCAGCGGGCAAAAGGUGGCUUGGAGGCCGGGGAGGGCGAAACGGAGCCCAGCAUGUUGCUGCAGAAGCUAAACAGCAAUAUCUCUAAGACUGUUCAGAGCAAAGUGGAUCAAAUCUUGCAAGACGUUCAACGCUUCUCUGACAAUGACAAGCUGUACCUGUACCUGCAGUUGCCCUCUGGGCCGAGCUCUGGAGACAAAACUGGCGGUGACACCAGCUCGUUAACCACAGCUGACCAGCUUCACACAUGUAACUGGAUCCGCAGUCACCUGGAGGAGCAUUCAGACACCUGUCUGCCCAAACAGGACGUCUACGAGACGUACAGGAAGUACUGUGAGAACCUGCAGCAUCGUCCUCUGAGCGCCGCCAACUUUGGGAAGAUCAUCAGAGACAUUUUCCCCAACAUCAAGGCGAGACGACUGGGGGGCAGAGGACAGUCCAAGUACUGUUAUAGUGGAAUCAGGAGGAAGACGGUUCUCAACAUGCCUCUGCUGCCCAACCUGGACCUAAAGAAUGAUCCGUCGGAGCUGACUGAACUGGUUCAGACCUACAAACAGGAGGUGACGGAGGCGGCAUGUGAGCUGAUCUGUGAUUGGGCUCAGAAGAUCUUGAAGCGUUCCUUUGACACGGUGGUAGAGAUAGCUCGCUACCUGAUCCAGGAGCACAUCGUGAACCCUCGCUGCAGCCAGGCUAAGCUUGUCACGUCUGCAGCACUCGCAGGUGGUCCAGCUAAAACCCAUAAAGUCAUUAAGAAAACUCCUGUGAUCUCUCAAGCUGAUGGAGAAGGAGCUGCAGACCAGAGGAAAGACCUGGAUUUAUCCUCAUCCUCCCCCAAGCUUUUUCCUGGAGACAAAUCCACUUCAGCGGUACCCAAGCCUUCCUCAGCAGAUGUCCCUCCUCCUCCUCCUGCUCCUCCUCCUCCUUCCUCUACCUCCUCUUCAUCUCUGCGACCAGCAGUGGAAGCCUUCAUAAAGCAGUUACCCAGAAUCCUUCCUCGCAGCUCCAUCCCGGAUAAGAGCUUCUCCGUUCGCUCCUCGGUGCCCCCCCAGACCGCCACGGAUGCCUCUGCUGUUGGGGUGCAGUCAGCACAUGGAGGCCCCGCCGCUGCUACCGCUCCUGCAAACAGUGGUGGCGUGAAGGUCAUCACUAUGACAACCCUGCCCCAGCAGCAGGGCAGGCCUCUUCCGCUGAUGAUUCUUCCUCAGGGCUGUUUGUCCUUUGAGACGGACAAGGUGGCUCCGCCGCCUCCUCCCCCCCUCCCUGCCCAGCAGCACGCUGUGGCGGCCCCGACCUCUGUGGUCCAGAAAGCUCGCGGCUCAACCGCCAAGCGGCCCCUGGAAGGGGAAAUGUCAUCCAUCGGCGCUCCUGGCGUUUCAGCUGCUUCCUCCCUCAGCAGUUCACCGGUUAAACGAAAACGUGGACGGCCGAGAAAACCCCGUCCUGAGGACCCGGUUCCUUCUCCUUCUGUGGCUGCCCCUCCUCCGCCGGCCACCGCUGCCCCUCCUCCAAUCAUCACCCCGUUAACGGGUGGUGUCAUCCAGAAGGCCACUUCCUCCUUGGCCUCCUCCACACAGACAGUGGUGGAGCUGGUGAUCCAAGAACCGCCGGGGCUGGUUCUGGGUCAGUUGCCGGCCAUGUCUGAUCCAUCCCAUCGGCUGGUGGACCCCCGCGGCGUGGUGGUGCAGUGCCAGUCGAGCGGGGCUGCCGACCCCGACAGCCAGGUCAGGCCCGUGCUUCUCUUCCACAGUCCUGGAACCCCCAGCUGGGAGCUGUCCCCGACCGGCCGGACCCCCAUGGUGGAAGUCAUCCAGAAAGCUCCGAGACCCGGAAAUAACAACAGCAGCACAGCGCCCCCUCCGACGGCACACCUCAGUCCCCCCCCUCUUCCCCUCCCCACGCUGCACGAGGAGCAAGGCGAGGUGGAGAUAACGCUGACGCCAGUGGAAGUAGACGUCAGCCCCCCGCCCGCUUCCACCUCCACCUCCUCUGCUGCUCCUGCCUCCUCCCUCUCAACCUCCUCCACCAUGGUGGUAAAGAUUGAGGAGGAGGAGGUAGAAAACAGCUCCCCUUACCAGAGAGAAGGACAUUAGCUGGCAUCAACCGGCUCCUCCUUUGUUUUUUAAUUUCCUCCAUCACUCAGAUUUUACCUCAACUGCUAAAGGUUCCCCAUCCUUCAACUCUCCUCGUCCUGAUUGGUGGAAAUCCGAGGUUGGCAGAAGCAGAGAGCCAAUCCAGCAGGAUACAUGAAGCCAAAAAGUCCACAUGCCACCUCCUGUCCUGAUGCACCCAUAAACUGCUUUUUUUAAACUGCAUGUUUGUCUUUCUGCAACCUGUGGUUUAAAUCUUAACCAACAUCUUUACUAUUUACUUCCUUCUCCGCCUUAUUUACUGUCUUCACCCCCCUCCCGGAAAAAGAUGUCUGUGCUUCAGUUCAUUUGUUGUUCUUUAAAAAAAAAUGAAAAUUAACAACAAUUGUACUUAAGAUGCAGAAAGUUUAAUAGAGGAAGGAGAGAAGGUGCCAUGUUUUUAAAACAGGCCUCAGACGAUUCCAGUUCAGGAAGUAGAUACGGGUUAGAUCCUUCUAAAGGUUCUCUCUGUUAAAUAAACCAGAACCAAGCUUUGAUUCACCUCCAGGUAACAACAUUUAUUCCCCAGGAAGUUGUUGAAGCUCUUAUGAUGAUAGUGAUAUUAUGAAUAAUUAGCUGAAGGUGAAUUAAAGCUUGGUUCAGCCCUCCUCUUCUAAAGAGUCCUGUUGUUUUAAGCAGAUUUGUGUUUUUUUUUUUUUGUCUCUGAUUAUGUGUUUAAGGUUGAAAGAUUGAAAACCUAAAGAUACUCAUUACCCAAAAUAAUAUAUCAAGUAAAGUUAGUCAUUUUCUAUGUAAAAAAAAAACGAAAAAAAAAACGACAGUUUUAUACAUAAACUUGAUAUAUUUCAGAAUUAUUCCAGAAAACUGAGUCGGUAUCAUUCUUGUGCAUUUCAGUGGGUUUGUUGGAGAAACUCCAAAACCUUUUAGUUUGGCUCUGAAAUCCAUCUGCUACGAUAUAAAACACGUGAAAAAUGAAAGAAGCAGCAGAUGCUGAGAACUUUAUUUGUUUUAGUUGCUCAGAACGUAAGUGGAGAACCAAAAAAAAAUGCUGCUUUUAUUUAACUUUUGUGUCCAGUGGUCAAUUAGAAAGCUUCAGCUGUUUAGCUUUUAGUUGGAACCGGAUCCAGAUGGGAGGCAGAUUCAGCUUCAGUGUUCUGCUGAAAGGACGCAGAAAAUAUCCAACUAUGAUAGAUUUCUGAACGGUUCUCAGUAGCCCCUUUCAGAUCAUAAUCCCCCAAUAGACAUGAAAAUAUUUGUCAUAUUCAUUAGUAUAGUAUAUUUAUUAAAUAUUUUACAACACAAAGGGCAUAAAAAUCAUCCAAAUUAGUUAUAAAAAAAGGAAAAAAUUACCAUAUCUUUGUAGAAAAUAAACUUCUAGUAGCUGUUGUGAGUGUUGAUAUAAUUUAUGUUUUUAAUUACAACACUUUGUAGUUUUCAAGUAAAAAUGCUUAUUGUGCUCAAUGUUACUUCUGCUGUUUUUUGGUAACCAUGGGACAUGUUGAUGAGUGGCUGAUUAUUCGUUCCUCUGCUCGUCUACUGCAGUCGGUUGCUUAACAAAUAUCUUGCUUACAGCUUGAUAAGUGUGGUUUAAAAACCGUUAUUUAAAAACACGCACUGGGCGGAGCUUCAUCUGUUUUCCACUCCACAACUGCUCUUAAAACUGAAUUUAUCCUUUUGUACGAUUCAGGGGAAAAGUCAAAGCCCUAUUUCAGGGAAGAGGGGAUUGCUUUCUUUUAUUUUUCUCACCCCUGUAGAAAAUGUUUGCACUUUUUCGUCUCCUUUUAAAGGGACAAUAAACUCUAUAAAUAUGUGAAUACAAUUAGACUUAACACAAAUACUACAGGUGAUCCUCCUCCUGGUUUGAUGCUUCCAAUGUGCAACGGAUUCUGCUCAAUGUUAGUACAUUAGUUUUAUACAAGGCAUCAAUAUUAGCAUUAAUAUUAACGCAUUCAGACGAAGGUGUUCGCAGGUUUAAAUCCAUGAUCUGAAAGGGGCUAUUGGGACUAAAUAAGUUCACUUUGGUGAAGUUUGCCCUUAAAUGCAAAAGGAAAAGCUUCAGCUCGGAUGCUAGUUUAGCAAAGCACAAGGAAACCUGCAACGUACCACUAGCACAUGAAGAUGCAGUAAAACGUCUUAAUCACUGGCUGAUGUUUGUGAAGUUGUCGGUUUCUGUCGUGGCGUUACAGAUUACACGUUGUGUGUUGCCAUCGUGCCCUUUGCACUAAUUCCAGCCGCCUUCUGCAGCCUGCAGCCACGGCCACAUCUCAGUCAGCAAUGUGACGGCACCAUGUUUCUUAUUUGCUUCCUCCAGCGUAUCUUUUGGAAGAAGAUAUUUUGCUGCCUUGCUUUGCUUUCAUUUUGCUGGGACUCAGAGUUAAGUGCAAAGAUCUUAGUAGAUCAGCUCAAUAACUCAGGAUGUUUGGAUACAGCUUAGUGCACCACGCAUUACUCUUCUUUGCGUUAACACUGUGAUUCACAUUUAUCCAUGAUCUCCAAUCUCUCAGAACUUUUCCCAGAUUUAAAAAAAUAUUUCUUCACAUUUUAUAUGCAAAAGAAAUUAUUUGAGACAGGGAGAGGAGCAAUCCUCUCAGCUUGUCGCUUUUGUGUCAGUCUCCAUGGAAGGGUCACAUUGCUGACACUCUUCACCUCUACCAAACCUUCAGUCGCUCCACUAGAGGGCGCCUUCUUCAUCUUUUGGUGCUACACCACCAUAGGGCUCUACAUCUGUCUGUCCUUCCCUUUUUUUCCUCAUUCCAUAACCACAGUUUUAUUUAUAAGGAAAAUAAAAAAGAGCCAAUUUAUGGACUUGUCAGAGCUUAGAUAUGUAGUGUCCCCCUGUUUCCAUCUGUCCUCAUGUGUCGGGCUUUUUUUCUGCAAAAAGGGAGAUUGGAAAAUCUCAAGACUGUUAUUAAAAUCAACUUUAUUGUGUUAUGGUAGAAGGAGGUUCAGCGCUGUCAUGAAGCAGGAGAAUGCUUGCUUCAUUUACUCACUGCCCCAAAUAUCUCAUCUAAAAGAAGCACUAAUGAUUAUAGUAGUCAGUCACCUGAGUUUAGUGAAGUGCCAAAUGAACCAUCCUUCCACAGUGGAAAAAAAAAGGCUUGUUUCACCGCCUCUCAUGCAGAACUGAAACAAACGUUGCACUGUUGAAAGUUUAUAGGGAGAGUCUGUAUGUAUAUCAUGAGUUUAUCGUACUGAGAAAAUACUCCGUCAAGUAUUUAUGAGUGAUGUAAUAUUCUGCUUUAUGCUUGCACUCUGUUAGAAGCUCUGAUUUUCAGUUCACCAGAGUAAAAAUCACCACUUUUCUGGCUUAAGAGUUUAAUAAUUAAAAGAAAAAGAGAGGAAACUCAGUUUUCAUGUAAAGGUUAAAGUAACUGGUGGGUGUUGAGCGGUUCGAAGCAACAUUUUACUCGUGGGCUUUGGUUGCAGCAGAAGUGAAGUUAAGAAUUAAACCUUAAAGGUCUCAGCAGGCUGCUAAUCGACUGUUUUAAAGGCACCAAACAUCAGAAGAAACCUGUCGGCUUCCUGUUUGUCCAACCAGCAUGAUCGAUGGCUCUGUUUCCAUUUCGACUUGUUUACUGUUUAAUGCUUCAACAAAGUCUAAACCUUUAAGGAUCUUCUGCUCAGUUUGCUCCUUUACUAAUUCAUUGCAUCCUUUUUAUGCCACAUUUUCCCUAAUUACUUAGAUUUCUGUUUCUUAAAUGAAACCACUUGUUUUUUUUUCUUUGUUAUUUAGUAUUUUGGUGAUUUAUGGGAAUAUACAUCCAUAUUAAUGUCCAAAUCUUAUGUAGGGUUUUUGUGUAUAUUUUUUCAGUAUAAUUGUAGUUCUUGGAACCACAUGGAAGGUUAUGUCCUCUAUUUAAGCACAGUAACUAUUAGUGACCCAAUGCUAAUAUAUAUUAUCUAUUUGUGUCAAAUAUCCUCAAUGUUUUCGAGCAGACUCAAUAAAUGGGUGAUUUGCUGUGAAAUUAGAAACUAAACAGUCCAGAGUAGAUGGCGCCUCUCUGCCCUCAGGGGUUAAAAGUUGGUAACAAAAAGAUUAACGGGCAAAAUAAUCAGCAUCCUCUCAAGACAUUUAGACUUGUUGAUUUAUAUAGUAAAUAUUGAGCAAUUGCAGAGAGGUCUGGGUUCGCUACAGAGACCUUUUCUGGACUAGAAUAAAUUAAUGUGUUCGUGUUUAUCUGUUUUGUUUUAAAUUGGUUUUAGUUUCGCUGACUCAACUCAGACAAAAAGAACCCUAAAGUGAAGUGAGCUGUGGUUUAAUGCAUUGUGCUGGUUAAAACAACUUCAGAUGAGUGCUACCAAAGCCCAGGGAGAGAUGAUGCUGAUCUCAGACCUGAUCUCUGAGUGAAAUGUUGUUUUAAAAUGUUCAGGCGAAAUGCAGCUUCUCCUGCUACCUGCUGGGCCAAACUGGAGAAAAUAUUUAUGAGUUACCAGCAUUUCUUAUUGCCGAAUUGUGAAUUACAGAAACUGUUUGGAGCUCUGAGCAGCUCGUCUGGACAGGUUUAUGUUCAGAUACCCUCUGAGUGAGUGUUUGGAGGAUAACAUGUUGACUGAAACUUUAGUUUGCUGAAAAAUGGCCAGAAAUGGGGAAUUCCUUUCAUUUCCAAAAGGGAACAACUUACUAUGCCCAAAAGCAAUUCAGAAGCUGUUUUGAUGUUUCCAUUGAACUGGAAGUAGAUUUACUGAUUUUAUAAGCAAAGGAAGCUUGGUAAAAGAUAAUAUAUCUGUCAUUUGACAUUUAAAAAGAAGUUGGGUUGAUUUAGAGGUGAAAGUAUAUUGGGAAGUUAAGGUGCUGGACUGACGGAUGGAGAGGAGGACAGAAAUAGUCUCAGAUGUCAAUGGAGAGACCCAGUGUGAACCAUCAUGGCCUUACUGGGGACUGCAUCAGGAAAUGUUUGCCGAGAAGUAGAAAGAAGCUUUCACUGUGGAGCUGCGUUGCUCAAAGAAACCAGAAACGGGUCAGCUAAGCAAAGAUAAUAAAUCGGGAUUCGGGUAUCGGUGCGCUGGUGCUGGUGGAUCAGACCAAGUUAAACAAACGCUCUCUGAUUGCACCUCUGGUUCACAAUCUAGUGUCUCUUAACUCUCUUACUAAUAUAUCUAAAACCUAAUGUAUAUAAACUUUAACCUGCAUUUAUUGAGGUAAAUUAAAUAUUUACAUAGUUUAUUUCCAGCCUGACAUAUUAAAAUCAAAACCAGUCAGAUAGUGUUUGAGUAGUUAUAAAAACCCUGUUGAAUUAUGGGUUCAGCCAAUUAGAUUUGAAUUGGGGCUAAAUUUGGAGGACCUCCAAAAGUAAUAAAAAAUGUUAAAGUGGCUUAUUUUAUAUACAAAGUUUCUCAAUCAAGAUUUUGCUAUAAGUUAUAAGAGUAAUAUUGAACUGAAGCCAAAAGCCAGUUUGAGACUGAAGGUGACGAAAUGACGAGAUGUUUGUUGGAGUGAUCUGAUCAACCCUGCAGUUAAUGUAAUGAUGGUGAACUCUGUCCGAUAUGAAGGAAGCUGUCUGCUGUUGAAAGCCCACUCAAGAUUUUAUAAACAUUCACGAAAAACGCGAAUUUCUAUUAAAAAAAGGAGAUAUAUUUUAGAACUUGGCCCUGAGAAGGAAGACUUUGGUUUUGGCCACUGCUUACUGCCUGGAACUCUGGGUAAUGUAGUCCUUGAGUGGGAAUUGAACACAUGGCACAGCUUCUUUUUUUUAAUCGCUCUUAAAAUGUUCUACAAAAUUUAACCCUGGUUUUAUUUACUCCUUCUGUUUUGCUUAUUGCUGUGUGACUUUGCUGUUUCAUACAGUUGUACAGCUCAGUGAUGUGCAGUUUUACCCCCUAAUUUUUUUUUUCUUUUAAUUUUUUUAUUUGUGUAAGACACUGCCAGCUUCUUGCAUGUUCUUUCCUGUGGCCGUUUGUUGGGUUCUCUUUAUAACUUGUAAAUGUGUUAUGUUCACCUGCUGGCUUUUGUUUUGUUUUUUUAAAUCUUAUUUUAUUUUGCACUUUACCUAUCAAUGAUGGUGGAAGGCGGGAAAAAAAAUGCUGUAUUCGGUUGGAGAUGAUCGUUUCGAUUAAAAUGCACCUUUAAUUUGCCCUGUUUUUGUUGUGAAAUAAGAAAGAGUGACGGAGGAAAUAAGCCAGAACAUUAAUGUGAAUCUAUUUUCCUACAUUGGUGGAAUAAAAGACGUGCUGUUCA